AUGGCACUCCUAUCCUCCAUCGGUCGAUCAGCAUUCUGCGCAGCUACCAAACCACAGUUUUACCGACAUGCUGCCAGUUUAUCCCAGAUAAGAAGGAAAUUGCACCCGCCGCCUCUGAAAUUCAAGUACGAUGACAGAGAAGAACAUAAGAGGAGAUUCGCAAAUUUGCUCAGCAUUUUGGAAGAGCCAAGUAUACGCGCCGAGAUAUCUGAAGUUCUGACCCCAAAAUCAGACAGAUCAGCGUUCACUUGCGAUUCUGAGGGCUGCAUUGGGGAAAUUCCACCCCCGGUUGACCUUCCGCUACAGACUUUGAAGAAGCUUGAGCAAGCAAUUAACCAAGCGGGCUUUGGGGGAGACUGGGAAAGAACCGCUGUCCUUGAUACUUUACUUGUUUUCCCUGUCUCGGACCUCCUACUAGGGCUCAGUGUCACCGGAAAGUACGCGCCCUUUUUGCAGAACGUGAGGACGGUAGAAUUUGAGCCGGGGGAUGAAGCUGUACUCAAUGAUCCGAGAUGGUUCGAUGCUCUCGACAUCUAUGCGUCUCUCAAUCUUGUUCGACAACUCCCUGUCAUCGAGACCAUUAUUUUCGAGGCUUUUACCGAGGAUGAAAACGGAGAUCAGUAUGGAGACGGUGAAAUACAUUGUCCGCCUCCUCCUCAGUCCGCGAACUAUACCAAAAUUUACAUGAAACACACGGAUCUUUGCAACAGUACUUACUGUGCGGCCAUUGAUUCAGCGAAACGGUUGGAGGAGCUCGUCAUCUCCGUUGGCGGCCGCGGUUGUAUUGGGGUAACGGCUGGCAUCUAUGAGUACUACGCCGUCUACCCAGAACUUAUUUUUCAUUCCCUCCUCGCCCACCAAGACCGCCUUGAGUACCUUGAUCUCGACUUCGAGAAAAACGUAAAUUUGUCGGAGCUCUUUACCCCGACUAGAACAUGGUUUAAGAGAGAGGAUGAGUGGUGGCCGAAUCUUCCGUAUGAGCAGGAAGGGCCAUCACCCUCAGAAACACUCGCAGAGGUCCUUCAAGGCAAGUCUUUCAGGGAGUUCACACAACUGAAGCACCUGGGUAUUGGCGUCCACCUCCUGUAUUACUUUGCACGCAGCAUUGGUAAUACCAAGGCGGUAGACGAUAUCUCACUGGCCGAUGGACUCCCGCCCAAUCUGGAGUCUCUCCAUAUUUAUGGCUACAAGAAGGGCGAUCCGUUGCUAUACUCACCAGACCUCAAGAUGGACUACCAUAUAGCUAAGCUCAUGGAAGAAAAGGAGACAAAGCUGCCGCAUCUGAUGCAGAUUAAGGGGGUGGAGGAGUAUAUCCCCCAUGCAGAAGUGGUCUCAGACGCGGAUGAGAAUACUCACCUAUUAUGGGAGCGCAAGUAUACUGAAAAGUACUGA